AUGGAUUCUCGAAAAUGUUUUCCAGUAAUUACAGAAAAUCAUAAUUAUUUGUUAGAUUGGCAUUUUCCAAUACCUGAAAGUGAUAAUUUUGAUUGGAAUUUAGUUAAUAAUAGUUUGUUGUGUAUUCCAGGUGUAACAGAGACGGGAUUAUUCCUCAAUGUUAUUGAUGCUGCUUAUUUUGCUACUCCAGAGGGAGAAAUAAAAAAAGCAACGAAAUAAUUUCGAAUUUUUAAAAAGUUUGUGUUUUUGCUCAGACAUUCCCUUGCCUUUUAUUUUUAAUUUUUAAUGCCUCAGAACCAAAAAGACUAAUUUUUGUUUUAAAUAUUUUUUAUUUUUUAGUUAGUAUUUUUAAAUUAAAACCCUCCAUAGUUUACGAAAAUAUUUUCUUUCAAAAUUAUUUUUAUUUAAUCAGACCUCAAUUUACGUACAUUCUCAAUUUUUGAAGUUUUUUUUCAAUUUGGUUGGCCAUGGAUUUUUUUUAAUUUUAGUUAAAUAUUUUUCUUAAUUUACAUUUUCUGGCUGCAAGAGUUUUGUAUAUAAUUGAGGUCUGACUGAAAAAAAUAUUUUAUAAAUUUAUCAACUUUCAUUACUAUUUUUGUUUAUUAUGGAGAGCUUCACUUACAAAUUAACAAAAGAAUGGAGGGAGAUGAAAGAGACUAUUUGGGUUUAUGUGGAAGUAGGAGUAGAAAAGUUUUCUGGAACUCACAAAACCAAAACACAAAAAUUCUUUAAAAUGAUUUCUGAUUCUU